AUGGCAAAGGUUCAGUCAGUGCUUGGCAAUGAAAUGGUGCGCUCGUACGUUAUACUUAUCAGUACCAUUUUUGUCAUCGUUUGUGAGUCUUUUUCGAACAUGCUAGCAACUGCGCGGAACGAUCACCGAGAAACGGCACGCGCAUUCUACCGUGCACUGGACGAAAGUGGCUACAUCCCUACGCUAGCACUACUUCUGCAGGACUACAUUCUGGUCAACAGCACCGGUGCCAUACCGUGGAGUAAUCCAACCUUUGUCUAUUACGACCAACAGUUAAUUGACGCCAUUCAACAGCAGCUUGAGUUAGAAAACGUGCAGGACUCCUACGAUCAUCACCAGCUGCAGGCUGAUUACGGCUCUGCUCUGCAGCCCCUGCACGGAGGACUUAAAUUUUUCACCUACUACUGCGGUCCCGGCAAUUGGUCUGCCGACGGAAGCACGGUGCAAAACGCAUACUUUUCUAGCAUCGAUCAGUGCUGCAAACAUCACGACGAAUGUCCGGACACUAUUGUACACUCCAGGGAUUAUCACCGGUACGAGGAUUUACCCUACAAAGCGCAAAUAUUUACCAGAUUGCGGUGUAACUGUGAUGUUGAGUUUCUAAGAUGUCUGCAAAACAUUUCCACCUUUUUCUCCUACGCCGUAGCGUGGAUCUACACCAAGUUUCAGUCCAGUUGCUUCGACUACGAGUACCCUGUGAUGGAGUGCACCGUAAAAAGAAAUGAUGGACUAUUCACCGCCGAUCGUUGCCUCGCAUACAUGGUGGACAAUUCGUAUUCCAAACGAUGGCAAUGGUUUGACAUUCCCUACAUCGGCUCCAAUCAGUUAAUUUUCCCAGAGGUGGAGUACCGAUACGAUCUCAACUGGUUCAAUAUACUUUUCGAACGUAAUAUUACCCCCAAUGUUUCCAUUUCAUAGUGUAUUUAGCCAAACUGUUGAGGCUGUACGAUUCGCAUGCUUUGCAGCUGUUAUGUGGUGUUAACUUUUAUUAAAUAAAGAAUAUUUACGUUUCUAAGCUAUA